AUGAGGCAAGUCUCUGGUCAAGUCAACUCUACCCGCACAUAGUCUUGGGGGGGCUUCCUUCGAGUACACGCUGUCAUCCUGACACCCCCAUUCCUGUGCUGGUUGUUAACAGGAUCGCAUCACAGAAUCACUUCGCCGGGCUCGAGGUCGAGGAGGGACAGGAGGAAGAGGUAACUGGCCAGGGCGAACAGGGACCGGAGGAAUCGGGGGAGGAAGACGCUGGUGAUAAGGCGGAUGACGAGGACUCGGAGGACUCGGAGAUGGAAUCGGAGGCGGCCGCGAAAACGGAGGUCAUCAAAAUUGAAAGCGAGGACGAGUCGGUCUUGGAGGACUGCAGCGGAUCCGAUGGAGAGGUGAUUGAUGAGAAUGAGGUGAUGGCGGAUGAAAGAGGUGAAACGGAAGGAGAGGUGGCUACGGAGAUGGAGGAAGAGGAGGUGGCGACGGAGGUGGGCGAUGUGGACGAAGCGAGGGGAUCGACGAAAGCGGAGAAUGCGGAAGCGACGGACUUAGGGGAAACAAACAGGCUGUGUCAGGAUGACAGCGUGUACUCGAAGGAAGCCCCCCCAAGACUAUGUGCGGGUAGAGUUGACUUGACCAGAGACUUGCCUCGUUUCACAGCAUCGUCGGUGCGAUGGCGUAGUCGUGAUGUCAGGAGCACAGCCUGCACUGCCAUCAAUACUCGAAGGAAGUCUCCCAAGUUUGCGGCCGGAGUCGACAUCAGCUACCGGUUUGUUCGUUGCAAGCAUUGUCGGCGCGAUGGUGUAGUCGUGAGGGCGCGCGGGCGCGCACUCAGUGGUCGAGGGUUCGAUCCGCCCGGAGCGUGAUCUGCCUUUUGGUUUCUUUUCCUUUUUGUUAUCCGAGGCCCGGCUUCGGGGUUUUUACCGGUGCCUUGCAGGCAAUCCUUUUUACCCCUGAAGCGACCUCGUGGUGUAGUUAUUUGAUUCAGUCUUUCCUUCGCUGGGAGCACUUCCCUCCCUUUGCUUUUGCCACCCUUCCCCUAGAGCUUGGUCCACUCAUUAUCAUGACUCGUACCCUCCCUCUUUUUACCCAUUUCGCUGGCAAUUAAGUCCGUUACACUUGAUUUGCUGCGAAGCCUUCCGACCGAAUCCACUCCUCGGUUGCUCUCGGUCGACUGCCGCCGCCCAGCCGACUCGACCUUCCCAUCGGCCUGGUCAGCUAUUUCUUGGAUCGUUUGCCCUUCCUCUUUUGUCCGACCUCGUUGGCCACCAUAGUCCGGUACACUGGACUUGCUGCGAGCCUUGCAGCCGCGUAUCCUCCGCGGUUGCCUCUCGGUCGACUUCCGCCGCCCAGCCGACUCGACCUUCCCACCGGCCUGGUCAGCUAUUUCUUGGAUCGUUUGCCCUCCCUCUUCUGUCCGACCUCGUUGGCUACCAUAGUUCGGUACACUGGACUUGCUGCGAGCCUUGCAGCCGCGUAUCCUCCGCGGUUGCCUCUCGGUCGACUGCCGCCGCCUCGGUCGACACCCCUUUCGCUCCUUCGCGCUUUCGCGCGCUCUCUCGCUCUCUCCCUCGUCUCUCGCGUGUAGUCAUCGUCAUCCCCUCCGACGUUGCCUGUCACUUGAGGCACGCGGGCGCGCACUCGGUGGUCGCGGGUUCGAGGCGCCCAGACCGCAGUCUUCUUUCGGUUUGUUUUAUCUUUUUGUUAACCGAGGCGCGGCUUCAGGGUUUUUACCGGUGCUCCCGCGAGCAAUCCUUUUUACCCCUGAGGCGACCUCUUGGAGUGGUUGAUUUGGCUAAGUCCCCUCUGGGCCUGGCACAGUCCCUUCCCUUUAGUUUUACCACCUUUCCCCGGGAGCUUGGUCCGCUCUUCUCUUUUGUUGCCCCUCCUCUUCUUGUCGAUCGUUUGGGAAUUAAGUCCGUUACACUUGAUUUCCUGCGAGCCUUUCGACCGACUCCCCUCCUCGGUUGCUCCCUUGUCGACUGCCGCCGCAACAGCCGACACUUCCAGAAAUCCCCCCCCCGUACCAACGCGUGUAGACGACGUCAUCCCCUCCGACGUCGCUUGUCAGGCUGGACAAUGACGACGACAGCGACGCCACAGCAACCGCCGCCACCGCUUCCCGCGAAUCGACGCCGCAUGAACCAACCCCACCUCUGUCACCCGAAACUCUCGCCAAGUCGCUACGCGAGGGGGAGGAGUGGGACAGGAUCAGAGCUAACUGGGUUGAGCAGGCACGACUUGAGCGGGACCAAAGCAUCGAGAGGAGGCUCAACGCUGAAACCCCUUUGGUGCGUCACAACUUUGCCACGUGGGACGAGGACGGUGAGAUACGCUCCAUCAACAUCAGGGGGACCGCUGCGAAGUUCAAGAAGCAGGUGAUGAAGAGGUCGCAGACUGCGGCGGACCUCAGUGACCCAAGUGACGAACCGACCGACGCCAAGCGAGUCAUCAUCAAAGGGAGGAGCCGCGUCGUGGUGAAGGAUGGAAUAGAGGGGCGGAGGGUGACGAGGUCGAUGUCGGCGGCAGCGGCGAUGCAGGUCGAGGUGACGAAGGUGGACAGAGGGAAAGGAAGAGGGGUAGCUGAGGAAAAACGAUGGUCCGACCACGAGCCCGAGGACGAUGUCCUGCCCGCCCUUCCCCUCUUUGAGGAUGUCACCACCGCCAAGAGCGCCUCGACCUCGACUACCCAUUAAUGAUCAAGCACACCAUCAUCACCUGGAACGUAAGAAGGGGCAUGGGGGUCCCGGAAAAACGAUGUAAUAUCUACACCUACCUUUCCACAUUCAAAGCUUCCGCAAUUCUCUUACAAGAGCAUUUCAUCAGACCACAAUUCUGGCAGCUCAUCAAGGACGAGUACGAGGGCAAGCUCUUCAUCAACCAGCACUGCCUGACCCUGAUCCCGGCCGACUCGCCCCUGAUCGACGCCGAGCUCUUGCGCACCCACUCGGCACUCGACGGCCGGCUCCUCGUCACCUCCUUUCGUCUGCGGGGCGACAUCAAAAUUCUAGAAAUCAAUAACCUCUACGCGCCCGUUGACCCAAAACAACGAGCAAAAUUCUUCGACAAACUGAUCCUCCACAAAACACAGAAAUCCCACCUCCGACUCCUUGGCGGCGAUCUCAACGACUGCCCGCGCCCAGAAGUCGAUCGGCGGAACCAAAGUCGGCGCGGCCACCACUGGCCGAUUCUGAUGGGCAAGCUCGACUCGGCCUACACAGACUGCAUCCGCUACAAGCACCCCAUCACCCCAUCUUUCACUCGACCUAAUCCCAAUCGCAAGCGACCCAACUCCUUCUCCCGGCUUGACUACUUUCUCCUACAAAGAGCUCACCAAAAAAGGCUCGACCAGGCCUCGACGAUCUACGACUAUCCCAAGGAUCUUUCCGAUCACCGACCGGUCUUGAUCGUACUAGCUCUCUCAGACGAUCUUGAUGCGGCUCUCCCACAGCUCAGCCUACCUACCACAUCCGACCAACUACAUCGAAUCAAUACCACAACCUUCAAGACGGUGGAAUUUCAGCGGAUGAUGGAAGGAUGGUUGGAAGGGGCAAGCGGGGAGGAUCUGGUGCGAGAGCUUGAGGAGGUUCUGGAGGCGUGCAGGGACAGGGGUGGGGAGAUGGCGAGGAGGCUGCAUCGGGAGCGGACGGAACGGAUGGAGUAUUUGGUGGGGAGGGUGCAGGAUCUGGAGGCGUUACCGGUAUGGGGGGAGGCGGAAACGGCAGAAUGGACAAGGACGUCCGAGGAACUCAAGCGGGCGGUCGAGGAGCGCGCGCGCCUACUCCGGAUCCGAGCCCACGUCCCCGAGAUCGCUUCCGAGGAACGACUGUCGCGGCCGGUCCACGCCAAGCUCGCGGCGCGGAACUCGGACUCCAAGAUCACAGCACUGCGCUUGGGUAACGGAGAGCUAACGCAUGACAUUGAUGUCGCUCUUGACCACACGCAGGCGCAUUUCCAGCGCCUCUACCACAUCGAGCCUCGUGAUCCGGAACGCGUCGACCGACUUCGGGACAAACUCCUCGUGCCGAUCAGGGCGGCACGGACUUGCGACGACCCGCGCUCAGAUCCGCUCUUUCUGCGCCGACUCUCGGAAGCGCAGAUUGAUCUCCUCCAGCAACCCAUCACCGAGGACGAGGUCGUGGCCGCGAUCGGGACGACGCACCCGGGGCGAUCGCCGGGCCCGUCGGGCGUGCCUUACGAACUCUAUCAGACCGCACCGGAGGCGUGGUCCAAGGUGCUGACCAAGGCCUACAACGCGAUGAUCGAGCGCGGUUCACUCUCUCCCAAGCAGGGCCAGGGACUCGUGCGCCUCAUCUUCAAGCGCCACAAGAAGAAUGCCGAUCGCGCCGAACUCUCGUCGUAUCGCCCCAUCACCCUGCGCGAGUGCGAUUACAAGAUUUUUACCAAGGUCUACGUCGCCCGAUCUCCUCCCGCCGCAGCAGCACGGCUUCGUCAAGGACCGCCGAUCGGCCGACACUGCACUACACCUUCGUCUCCUGAUCGAGGAACUUGGCGCGCGCAGGACCGAGUUCCCCGCGGCCGCGCUCUUGUCUCUUGACCAAUCAUCCGCCUACGACCUCGUCGAGCAUGACUGGAUCUUUGCCAUCUUCGACGCUCUGGGCGCUCCUACCACCUUUCUUCGCGUGCUGAGGAUGCUCUACUCGGGUGACUCGACCUCGGCGCGCUACAUCAUCAAUGGGUUCCUGACGGCGCCGGUGCGACUGACGUGUGGGCUCGGCCAAGGGGACCCGGCGUCAUCGUCGGUCUGGGACAUCGUGUUUCAGCCGUUCCUGGAUGCUCUACACCGUCGAAACAUCGCGCUGAAUCUCUCCAUACCUGCACUUCAUCCGUACCCACAGAGCCGCGCCAUUACAUCACUUGCAUUUGCCGAUGACGUUGUCGUCGCCGUCGCGGGCUUGGAGUCACUCAACUUGCUCGAUGACCUGGCGCUCGACUGGAGGCAUGCAACGAAUGGCCGGCUCAACACGGACAAGACGGUCGUCCUACCGAUUGGACGUCGCUGGGACCCUGGGGAACGGCCAAUCGUCGUCAAGGCCGCAGGCGAGUCGCUCGAGUGGAUCGGCCUCCCCUUCAACCCCAGCGGCGACACCGAACUCGCCUACGCGAAUCUCAUCGAACGGCUCGAGGCGACGCUGGAAGCGGUUCAGCAUCGCUGGCUCACGCACCACACCCGUGCCUUUUACGUCAAUCGGUACGCCAUUCCCAAGAUCCUGCAUUUCCUUGCAGCCGACAUCCCGCCGCCCGAAGUCGUCAAGAAGCUCGAUGACAUGCUCGUCGAUUUCGUCCGUGGGGGCAAGGGCAGGACCAGCUACGGCAGAGACAUUGUGUUCACCGCCAAGAACAAGGGGGGACUCGGGGUGAUAAGGAUGCGGGACGUUGUGGACGCGGUUGCGGCACGGCUCUGGGACGUUCUUCUCGGCGGUUCCGGCGCGAUUUGGCAAGGACUUGCGCGCGCAUCACUCCAGCGAGCUCAGCCCGACCUCGACCUGGCCACCGAUCUCUGGCCACAUCCAUCCACUCCCAUCCCCAACGACCUUCAUCCCCGAUGGCACGCCGCACUGGGCGUUCCGAAACUUCACGACGCGCAGGUCAACCCGAGGGCCUUGACCACCGCGAACUUGCUCGCGCUGCCCACCCUGCUCGGCAGCCUCCACACCCCCAUCAGAGGGAGACAGACCAUCGACGCGGUUCAUGUACCUGACUACCUUCGUCUCCAGGGCUACCCGAAGGUGGCGGAUCUCUAUCGACGCGAGUUGUAUGCGGGUGGGGGGUUUCACCUCUGGACGCCGCCGGCGGAUGUGCUCGGCGACAACAGCGAGUACGAUCGACGCGGGCUCCCGCAGCGACUGGCAAUCGCGGCCUGGUACCGGUUCACUGUCGAUCGACACAAGAACACCCCCUUGGCGGCGGGACGACUCAACGUGCCUCCCCGGAUCGGCACCAGCGCACCACUCGAGGCGAUCAUCCCCAAGCCCGUGGCCCGCUUCGCAAUGGAGCAGCGCCUUCCGGACCCGGUGCUUCCACAACAGGCGAGCCAGUAUACGCUGCUGAACAUGGCUCGCCCCUACACAGUCCGUCGCAUCCGCCGGGUCCUGAACGCGAAGGCAUUUACCAACAUGCUCGGGCUCAAGGGACCACCGCAGCCGGACGACCUCAGGAGCUUCUGGAAGGCAGUCAACUCGAAGGCACUGACGGCGAGGGAGAGGGAAGUUUGGUUCAAGCUGAUCCUCCGCUUCACCCCGACGCGCAAACUCCAGCACGAGCAAAAGCACGACACUUCUCCCGCGUGCCUCGUGUGCGAAGCGCCGGUGGACGACACCGAUCACUACUUCUUCGGCUGCGUCGACUCGCGGAACAUCUGGACCGCGGCAAGGGGCGUGCUCUGCGACGCGCUCGGAUGCGACACGAUCGAGGACGCCGAGUACACGACACUACAACGACUCUUUGGCCUCCCCAAGCUCAAGGCCAAGCUCAGCGAACAGGAAGGCGCAGGCAGGACGAUCGAGAUCUUCACGGGGAUGGUCUUGGAGAUGAUCAGCAGUGGGAGAUGGAGGAUGCAGAAGCACGGGACGAGGAUGGAAAGCCUGGAGCGGAGGAGGGUGGUACUGGAGGAGAGGAUGAAGUUGAGGGCGGGGGGAGCAAGGGGCGGGCGAGGGCAGUAG